UACCCGGCGCGCCUGAUCUCGGUAUCCUCGCUUCGCCUCAAGUAGCCGUGAGUAGAAGCACGGAGGUGAGGCCGUCUGGAGGCGGGGGCGACGAGGGGCAUCUUCCCGGAGCUGCUCGGGGCAGUGGGCGAGGGAAGCCGCCGUGGAGGUCCAGGAUGGCGGAACCGGCGUCCGGGCGGGUGUGGACUUCACAGGGAAAACAAAUGGAAGGCCUGCCUGAUGCAGCUGUUUUGGCGACCAGGCUUAAAAACACUCUCAUCCAGUACCACAGCCUUGAAGAUGAUAAGUGGAGAGUUGCUAAGAAAAUGAAAGAUGUAACAAUUUGGAGGAAGCCUUCAGAAGAAUUUAAUGGCUAUCUCUUCAAAGCACAAGGUGUUAUAGAUGAUGUUGUCAACAGUGUAAUAGACCAUAUACGUCCAGGUCCCUGUCGCUUGGAUUGGGACAGCUUAAUGACCUCAUUGGAUAUUUUGGAGCACUUUGAAGAGAAUUGCUGUGUGAUGCGUUAUACUACUGCUGGUCAGCUGUGGAAUAUAAUUUCCCCAAGAGAGUUUGUUGACUUCUCCUAUACCGUGGGCUAUAAAGAAGGGCUUUUAUCCUGUGGGAUAAGUCUUGACUGGAGUGAAAGGAGAUCAGAAUUUGUUCGUGGAUAUAACCAUCCCUGUGGUUGGUUCUGUGUUCCUCUUAAAGACAGUCCAAACAGGAGUCUUUUGACAGGCUAUAUUCAGACGGAUCUGCGUGGAAUGAUUCCCCAGUCUGCAGUAGAUACAGCCAUGGCAAGCACUUUAAUCAACUUCUAUGGUGAUUUACAAAAAGCCUUACAAAAGGCAUAAUAUGUUUAAACUUACAGUAUUAUAUUCUGUGAAUCAGCUCUCUCUCAUAGCUGCAUGGCCUGAAAAAUCAUCCUUUCCUCUCUCUGCAUAGCCUGUAGAAAAUUUUGAGAUGUUUUUGGUUUAUUUUAUUCCUAAAGUAAAUAGCUAUUUAGAGUGGGCAUUUCAUUUUUCCUAAACAGUUAUUUGCACAUUGUUUGGUAUGGUAGUAUGUCUAGGGAUGGAAAGUAUGAAAGAAAUCCACCAAGAAGUAGAUAUAGUUCUUUAACACAGACUCUUAAGAAAUUGAAUAGUGCCUCAGUAUGAAUAUUUUGGCUACUUAGGCAUUAGAGAAAGCCCAGCUUCAUGCUGGUAGGUUAAAAUCACCUAUUUUAAGAGCUUCAUAAACAUUCUGUAAAAGUUUUAAUUUUUUUGGAAGUUAAAUAUUAAUGGUUUACUUCUGAUGUGCUCUAUGAGUUUGACAAUAUCUUGGACUAAAGAAAAAAGCUCUUCUCCAUACUUUAUAAAGAUGAACUUCAUUGUCAAUUGACUUGUACUACUUUACGUAUUGAAAAUAUCAGAAAUAAGGAAAGAAUAGAUAUCAUAGUAAAAUGCAAUUCAGUUUUAAUACCUAGAUAGCAUUAUUUUGUAGAUAUCUUUAAAAAUAUAUUCAUGUUUAUGUGCUUUUAUUUUGGGAGUCUUAAAAGCAUGUAUGAAUGAAUAAGACAGUGCAAAAAACUGCCAGGUAUGUGCUGGGACACCACAUUGAUUGGACAAUAUUCUGGGUUGCGUGAAAUGCGUGGCGGAAUCUAUUACUGACCAACAGAGAAUCAUCUCUCUAGAAAGUCAAGUUCAAUGAAUGUUUUGUACAUGUUUGAGUUUUGAAUGUGUCACUCGACUCAUAAAGUAUAACUAUAUAAUAAACAUUCACAAUUGUGAUGUAACUUUAGUCUGGAACUAUAACAAAUGCAUUCCUAGAUUUAUGUAAAUGCCUGGAUGAGUCAUUUUAUAAUUAGAAUGGACUAUAAUAUGUCCCUUGAUUCUGUGGCUGCAUUAAAUGAACUUUCCUAAACGAUUUUAACAUUCCAUUUGGUCUUUGGCUUUUGCACUAUCCAUCUAUUUUACGUCUAAGAUGAGAACCUGCAGGAACUCAGUGUGUCGGUGCAGAGUUUUGUUUGUGUUUAUAUUUGUGUACAUGCACACAUCUUGAAAUCUGUUUCAGCGUUCAGUGGAGUUAUUUACGUGUUAUUAUUACUGUUCCCACUGUUCCAUUUUCUCUUCUUUCUUUUUUUUCCUUUGGUUAAUAUAGGGUAGAGUAAGCUCUGGAAAUAGUUUACUAGAUAGGCCACAAAAAAGCACAAAAGCAUAUAGUGGUUCAGUUGCAUGAAAGUGUGAUCUGUGUUUUACUUUCCUGUGUUUUCCUGAAUGUAAAGAAAGCAUAAGUCAUAGUUCUUCAGACCCAUUUCGGUAAAAAGUAGAGCUGACUUAUUUUUAUUUUUUUCGUAUUGGAGAUGAUAUUCAAAAAAAUAAAAGGUGGCAGCACCAUAGCAUGCAUAGUGAAUAAUCUCACAAAUUAUAGAUUGAAAAUAAUUUGUUUCAAGGUGUGAUAGAAGCAGUGCAUAAACAAUUCUAUAUUCUUAACUUGAAAUUCAUUAAUCACCAGUAUGUUUUUCCAAAUUGAGUUGCUGGAUUUCUCUGCCAUUUUUUUUUCUUGCAAUAAGGAGAGAGAACUGAGCAGCUUAUCAGUUUCCCAUGGAACUUGUUAAAUGUUAAUUUUGCCUUAAUCUAUUGUCUUUUCUUUGGUUUUAUUAGUGUAGAGUAGGAGAUUUCUUAUAUUCCAGUAUUCUGUCUAGCAUGGCAAAAUACCAGCAGAAGCCCAAUUAUAGGGUAAGAGUGCAACAGGAUGUACAAUACUAUAAGAGCUAUUAUUGUCUGAGCUGGGUGCUGCUACAGGCCAAUAAAGUGUCCACUCUCAGCUACUCUAUGUUCCCUUUGUUUUUUGUAAUUUAUACCUCCAACUAGUGAUUACAUAAUCUACUGUUGAAUGAGGACCCACUUCAGGUAAAAGGACCCUCAUGGGAAAACUUUCAUUGCAAUGUUGAGCCGUAUGAUGGAUUGAAGAAUUAUAUUUGAAUUACCUGAAAUUUUUAUGCAGCUUCUAGAUGGCAUGUCUUCUGGUCUCUGAAGCCUUCAGUGCUUGUUAAACAUGGACUUAUUAACAUUAGAAAUAAAUCAGUUAGUAAUUGUCAAUAAAAUAAAAACUAUAGCCAAAAAUAUUUUCUUUUAAAGAUAAUUAACUUCAUAGGGCAGUUGAUGAAAGAAUAUAAUCUACCUUGUAGUUAUGUGGUUGAUUAUUUUCUCUAGCUUAUAGCUAGUUUGUAUUAGAAACACUUGGCAUAGUACUGUUUUCAGUACAUGAUACCUAUUUUUUUUAAGGAAAUUAGUUUCAUACAAGAAAAAAAUAAAUUUAUCAUAAGUGAUACUUUUGGAUGACAUGUUAGUUUGUAUUGGUAAUCCUUGAUUAAUCCUUGAAGUUUAACAUUAUACUCAGCAAAAAUAAUUAUGAGAAUUUAGUGUUCUGCAGUUAUGUAUAAUAUAAACUGCUAGUGUAUUAAGUAAGGACAGAUUGUUAAUGUUAAAAAUCUCUUCAUUUCACUGUUCAUUGAGGUUGGAUAUAUUUGAAAGUGUAGAUUUCUAUAUGUAAAGUUAUCGCCAAUAAAAAAAGUCCUUUCUUUCCUCCAUUUUUCUUUCCUAACUGAAGGACAUUUUUAUCAACACUCAGGUUGAAUUAAAUUAACAUCUCCAGCUAAAAACUCUGUAAUUGAGGUUGCCUGUGGAGAAGAUAGGAAAACAUUGCAUAAUUUAAACUCCUAAUGCCUAUUGAGCUUUUAGGUAUGAUGUAGAUAAAAGCUUUACCUGUUUACUUAAGAGCACACUAGCAUCCUUAGAAUCAGUUGCUAAUCUAGUUUCUUUUAAUUAAGUGGAUACUGUAGCUCUCCCAACCAUAUGCAUAAAGUAACCCAGGGAAGCUAGGGGACUUGACCAGGUGUCCAUUAGACCCUGUAUUAUAUAAUUACUUGUGCAGUCUAUCUCCCAUGCCUUUCUUAUUCAACUUCCAGAAGUAGGGGAUGGUAGGAUCUGAGCUCAGAAGAAACAUUAGAUUAAUCCCAGAGCAUAGGAUAUUGGAAUUAUAAUUUCUGUAUUUGUUGUUUCCAAAGAUUUUACGUGUAUGGUUAAAUAAAAAUUUCUCUCCGCAAUUCAAUAAAAGCUAUACUAUAUAUAGAUUUUAUUUUUAAGAAGUUUAUAUUUCUUUUAUGAGCCAAUAUGUAAAGCUGGAACCUUUAUUAAACUGAGCAUGCAUUAAUAUAAUAAAAUAUGUUUUUAAAUUUUUAUGAAAUAUAUCAGAAAAAAUAUCUAGACACUCUUGUAUUGAUGGUUGGUAUUAUCUAAGUUGCUUUAACCUUA